AUGUGCGACGCGCCACGAAUAUCCAGUGAAGACAAGCUUGGAAGUGAGCAGGUGGAAGAAGGAAAGAGGCGGGGUUUAAAUACCUUUGCAGCGAAAUGCUGGCAUGCUGCUGUCGAGAAGUCUGAGUGGUCGAUUGCGGAUGAUAAAUACAGCCCUAUACUCUUCGAUGCCACCAAGUUUGAGGCGAAUGAGGCUGCACAGCAAGCUAUCGAGGCAGGGAAUCUGAUCAACCGUGUGGAAAAGGAAACUGCAAAGCGGGGAGGGAAAAGAGCGGUGCGCAGAGCAUUCGGCUGUGUUCUGGAUCAACUGCAUCGCCACUCCAAGACCAUCGACGUCCUAGUGCAAGUAAGCCCGACCAUCGGAUGUGGAAUCUGGGUACCGCUACGAAUCAUCCUAGAAACCUAUCUGGACGUACAAGACUGUUGGAAAAUUGCCUUCGACGGCAUUGGGAUAAUUCUACACCAAGUCACAUUGUGGCACGACUUGUUCCCAGUCUUCAAAGACAAGGAAGCCGAAACCGCGCCGUACUUUGAGCAGUUCUAUCUUGCCGUCUUUAAUUUCCUCAAGUUCAUCAGAAAGUACCUCGGUAUUGGCUCGUUAAAACGGACCUGGUACUCCUUUGUGAAACAGCAAAGCACUCCACUCGCAGCGAAGCUGAAAGAGAUUCAAGUAGCUGUCGAAAAGUUGCAAGAUUUGAUUGCUAGUGAAAACCUUCAACUGGCCCAUGCAACGAAUAUGAUGGUCCAGGAGCUAUAUGGCAGCAUUGCAGCACCUUUCAGUACCCAAGCUUUGCGUAGCCAGGACAUGAAAGACACCCUGGAAAGAGAAGUCAGACCAUGGCUCGAGUCUUGCCAACGAUCCCACCCUUCCAAAACUGGCCUAGAUCGCUCUCCUACGCCAGGAACCGGUCAGUGGCUGCUGGAGCAUGAGCAGUUCCAGAGGUGGUCGAGUCUCAAGGGCGCAGGUUGCCUCCACAUACAAGGCAAACCAGGCGCUGGCAAGUCGUUUCUCGCGUCGGUGAUCGUAGACACACUGAAGCAGGAACAGACAACUCGGCAUGGUGUUUUUCUAUGCCGUUUCCCGAAAAGUACGCUUGCGGGAGAUCUGGUCUUCUCAGCACCUCACUACUUGGUCACUUCUCUCAUCAAUCAACUUCUGCAUCCUUCCUAUAUUCUGGGAAAGCCGGAAUACGGUCGAAUCAUUGGAGAGCUCGCGGAUCUUAGGUUGAGAUAUCUCGAGCUCCUUGACUGCCCAGUGCGCAAUCUCUGGCAGCAAAAGCUAGCCGAGCUGUGUCUGGUAUACAACGUGAAAGUUUUAGUCUUGGCUCGGUCCCAGGCCAUUUUCCCGCAGGAUUUGCCGACGGUUCAGAGGUUUCAAAUCGUCAUCACGAGCGAACUAGUGGCUGGCGACGUGAAACUGUACGCCUCGUGUUUGUUCGACAGUCACAGGUUGCCAAAGGCCUACAAAGAUGCGACAAUUGCGCACUUCUGCCGGGAAGCCAGAGAAAACUUCCUCUACGUAUAUUGCACCAUUGUAUAUCUCAGCCAGCCGUCGUCCGAUGGGACCUACCUACAACGCUUGGAUGCUCGUCAUUGUCCUCCUGAGCUUCACGAGCUUUAUGAUCAAGACAUCCGUCCCAGAGUCGAGCGGAUGUCUUCGGAUGAGAGAAAGCGACUUCAGACAGUUCUUGUUCUUUUGAGUGUUGCCGCCGAGCCGUUGACUCUUGAGGAGCUUUCAAGAAUCACCGGGAGUGAGGGGUUCGACCCUCAAGUUAAUAUAGUCUCGUUGGGCGCACCACUACUAUCGGGCGAAAGCAAUAAAGUUGCUUUUACGCAUCACUCGACGAUCAACUAUUUCAUGAACUCCCUCCAAUUAUUUGGAUUUGGGAAAGGGCACACUGCACUCACAAUGGCUGGUGAAUGCCAUGCCCGCUUAGCCGAGGAAUGCCUACGGUGUCUCCUCGACGAGCAGUACGGGUCGAAGGAAAAGAUUGGCCGGUACCUGCAUCGCACCUUGGGUGCACUGGUGGACGUUAUGGUUCUUGACACACCCAAAGGUGUGUCACUCGAAUACGCCGCCAAAUACUGGGCAUAUCACUUGACCCAUGUGCGAGCUCCAACCGAAGAACUUCUUGAGCUCGCAAACUCACUCCUCCACACUUUUCAGUUCGCAUUCUGGAGUGAAUACUCAACUGCCCGCGAUGGAGAGAUGGACCAGGUGAUUAUAGCCCGGAGGAACCUUCUCAGCUGGGUCAAGUCUCUUCCUGGGGACAAGGGGUCACAUAUCUCGAUCGACGAUUACUUCGAGUCGGUGUACUGUCAGCUUAGUGACGCAUAUAGAGAAGACAGCGACAUGGACAAGGUGUUGCAGUGGUUGGCUAAGAUGCGUCUCGACAUGUAUUACACACGUACUGGCAUGACCGAGAAGGCGCUGCCAGUUCGUAAAGCAGUUGCCGAGGGACUCACGACGGCAUUAGGUGCAAAACAUCCUCUGACACUUCGGGCUAAGAGGCAACUUGCGCUCGCCUACUCCUUCCGGGGCUGGUUCCGAGAUGCCAAUGAGCUAUACUGCGAAAUCAUUGCAAUAAUGAAGGAAGUCACUGGACCAAGUCUCGAAUAUUUCGAGACACUUCAGGCAAAGGGCGAAACAGAGCUUUACAUGAACAACUAUCAAGAGGCAGAGAACACCGAGCAUGAAGCUGCGGACGGGAUCCUCCAGCUCGACACGCCGAAUGCCAACGCAUAUCUGGCCGCGAGAUUAUGGUACUGUUAUCCACUCAUUGAAAUGGGUCAGCUCGACAAGGCCCUCGGUAUUCUGAAGCACAUCUUCGACACUAGAAGGGAAAAGUAUGGCGAGACCGACCUCUUUGCGGCGUCUGCUCAGUACUCCAUGGGUGACAUCCAGCGCAAACUAGGAGACAAAGAUACUAGCCUUCAAAAUUUGAACGAGGCUUAUGAAGUUCGGCUUCGUCAAAUCCCAUUCACAACCAUUUGGGUCAUGGACUGGGCGAUCGCUCGCAUGAUUGCUUUUCGCGACUUUGGCCAGCCGGAAGAGGCUUUGGAUAUUCUCCGCGAGCUAGAUGAGCGGGGACAAGUGUAUCGAUUCUUUGACCGUGUGUGCCAAGUUACACAUCUACGUGCGCUUUUGCUCCAUGACAAGGAACAGGCUGAUGAGGCUAUAGACUUACUGCAAGGACUGGUCAUCUCGACAGAUAGGGCCUUGUACAAGCGCGGUUUGAUGUGGAUUCUCCUAGACCUGGCGGUCAUGCUCAGAGAGCGUGGUCGGCCUGGAGACGAGAAGCAAGCCGCAGCGAACUUUGAUCAUAUUGUCAAGGCCAGGGGCUCUGACCUUGACGUAUCCAUGUUGAGAAGCACUCGCCAAAUCUGGGACGGCGGCGGUCAUGAACCAGAUCCACCGCGAUUGCUGCGGCUUGCCGAGCAAGCCUUACAGCUCAUGAGGGAUAGAAAGUUCGAUCAAGUUGACAACUUGUUCAGGGAAGAGAAUAUAGACUGGGUUCGACCAGAAGACUUGUGGCACUGGACUGGUGGGCCAGCUGCUGAUACUGCGUGGAUGAAACCGCCCUUACAAUCGUAUGUCAUCCCCUACCCGCUGAGAUAUGGUGUUGAAUACUAA